AUUGAGAGUUAUAUCAAGAAUUUCAGUUCAGAGAGAGAGAGAGAGAGAGAGAGAAGGAGAGAGCGUCUGUGAAGGAGAGAGGCUGGGAGGGAGGGAAGAAGGGAGGGAAGAGGGAAAGCGCCGCCGCUUCCUCCCGUCACUAAAGCAAUAACCUAUUAGGAUUUUUUAUUUUUUUUUUUAAUGGGCAACUGUCACCCCAGAGCUAAAGAGGGAGAAGAGAAGCACCUUCAGACCAACUCUUGCCAUUUCCAGUCAGAAGUUGCAGACUUCAUGUAGCUGCCUCUCCUCUGCCGAGAGAGGGAUAGGAAUGGUGUGCAGUGCAGAGCGGAAAAUACCCCCCCUUUAAGAAGUGCACCGGAUUUUUCUCUUGCUGUUUGUUUGGGUUGUUGCGUGCACGUUAGACACCCAAAGGAUCGCCGCUUCAUAGGAAUGAAACGUGGAGAGGAUGACUAACGACAGAACUGUGUAUUUGUUCCCUGGAGUUGCUAAUUUGCCACCCCGAAGCAACACAUAUCUCGAGGACGAAGCAUUUGGCUGCUGCUGAUUUCUCCAAAACUGGUGGUUUACCAGAUGCAUUGUGCUGUAUCUGCUGGAACAGAUCAUUGCUUAGCUGCAGAUCGUCAAAGAUAGACAACUAACUGAUGUCUCCAAAUAAGAAAUGAGAUGUAAUGCAUCCUGCAGUCCAUGCAUGCCUCCUCUUGCAAAUCACUCGUCAUUCCACUCUGGAAACCUUUAAGUCCUAAAAUCCGUGAAAAGAGAAUAAAAGCAUUAUCAUGGACCUGAGGGAUUUUUACCUGUUGGCUGCUCUGAUUGCCUGUUUAAGGCUGGAUUCUGCUCUAGCUCAAGAACUUAUUUACACUAUUAGAGAGGAGCUGCCUGAAAACGUACCCAUAGGGAACAUACCAAAGGACCUGAACAUUUCUCAUAUCAAUGCUGCCACAGGGACCAGUGCCAGCCUUGUCUACAGACUGGUGUCUAAAGCGGGGGAUGCGCCUCUGGUCAAAGUGUCCAGUAACACGGGGGAAAUUUUUACAACAUCUAACAGAAUAGACAGAGAAAAACUCUGUGCUGGAGCUUCCUAUGCAGAAGAAAAUGAGUGUUUCUUUGAACUUGAAGUGGUGAUUCUCCCUAAUGACUUUUUUAGGCUGAUCAAAAUAAAAAUCAUUGUAAAGGAUACUAAUGACAAUGCACCUAUGUUUCCAUCCCCCGUCAUCAAUAUCUCCAUCCCAGAAAACACUCUGAUCAACAGUCGUUUUCCAAUCCCAUCAGCAACAGAUCCUGACACAGGUUUCAACGGUGUGCAGCACUAUGAGUUGUUAAAUGGGCAGAGUGUCUUUGGACUGGAUAUUGUAGAAACUCCAGAAGGAGAGAAAUGGCCUCAGCUAAUUGUGCAGCAGAACUUGGACAGAGAGCAAAAGGACACCUACGUGAUGAAAAUCAAAGUAGAGGAUGGAGGUACCCCCCAGAAAUCCAGCACAGCUAUCCUGCAAGUCACAGUAAGUGAUGUCAAUGAUAACAGGCCAGUCUUUAAAGAGAGUCAAGUAGAGGUCCAUAUACCAGAGAAUGCCCCUGUAGGCACUUCUGUAAUUCAGCUUCAUGCUACAGAUGCUGAUAUAGGAAGCAAUGCAGAAAUCAGAUAUAUUUUUGGUGCCCAAGUCGCCCCUGCAACCAAAAGAUUUUUUGCUUUAAACAACACCACAGGGCUGAUUACAGUUCAGAGGUCCUUAGAUCGAGAAGAGACUGCUAUUCACAAAGUGACAGUGUUGGCUAGUGAUGGUAGCUCUACACCAGCCCGAGCAACUGUCACCAUCAAUGUCACUGAUGUAAAUGAUAACCCUCCUAACAUAGACCUCAGGUACAUAAUAAGUCCCAUCAAUGGCACAGUGUACUUAUCUGAGAAAGAUCCCAUCAAUACAAAGAUUGCCCUAAUUACAGUUUCAGAUAAGGACACUGAUGUGAAUGGCAAAGUGAUCUGUUUCAUUGAGAGAGAGGUCCCCUUCCACUUGAAAGCAGUUUACGACAACCAGUACUUGUUAGAGACGUCUUCUUUGUUGGACUAUGAGGGCACCAAAGAAUUCAGCUUUAAAAUUGUGGCUUCUGAUUCUGGCAAGCCCAGUUUGAACCAGACUGCCCUGGUAAGAGUUAAGCUGGAGGAUGAAAAUGACAACCCUCCGAUUUUCAGCCAGCCUGUAAUUGAGCUGUCAGUUUCUGAAAACAACCGGCGUGGUCUAUACUUAACAACUAUUAGUGCCACAGAUGAAGACAGUGGGAAAAAUGCAGACAUUGUUUAUCAGCUUGGUCCUAAUGCCUCCUUUUUUGAUCUGGAUCGAAAAACAGGAGUUUUGACAGCCUCCAGAGUUUUUGACAGAGAAGAGCAGGAGCGUUUCAUUUUCACUGUUACAGCCCGAGACAAUGGCACCCCUCCUUUGCAGAGUCAAGCGGCUGUGAUUGUAACCGUGUUGGAUGAAAACGACAACAGUCCCAAAUUUACUCAUAAUCAUUUCCAGUUUUUUGUAUCAGAGAACUUGCCAAAGUAUAGCACAGUGGGGGUGAUCACAGUGACUGAUGCGGAUGCUGGGGAAAAUAAAGCAGUGACCCUUUCCAUCCUGAAUGACAACGAAAACUUUGUGCUGGAUCCGUAUUCUGGAGUUAUAAAGUCCAAUGUUUCCUUUGAUCGAGAACAGCAGAGCUCUUACACCUUUGAUGUUAAAGCAGUGGAUGGAGGGCAACCUCCUCGCUCUUCUACAGCGAAAGUAACCAUAAAUGUGAUGGAUGUUAACGAUAACAGCCCCGUUGUCAUCUACCCACCUUCUAAUACUUCUUUUAAGCUAGUGCCACUCUCAGCAAUUCCAGGAUCGGUGGUAGCUGAAGUCUUUGCUGUGGAUAUAGACACUGGCAUGAAUGCUGAGCUGAAGUACACAAUUGUAAGCGGCAAUAACAAGGGUUUGUUUCGGAUUGAUCCAGUGACAGGUAAUAUCACUCUGGAAGAAAAACCAACUCCUAAUGAUGUGGGCCUGCAUCGCCUAGUUGUCAACAUAAGUGAUUUGGGUUAUCCCAAAUCCCUGCAUACUCUUGUGCUUGUAUUUUUGUAUGUAAAUGAUACUGCUGGAAAUGCCUCUUAUAUUUAUGACUUGAUACGCAGGACUAUGGAAACCCCUCUGGAUCGGAACAUAGGGGACAGCAGCCAACCCUACCAAAAUGAGGACUAUCUCACAAUCAUGAUUGCUAUUGUAGCAGGUGCCAUGGUUGUCAUAGUGGUGAUAUUUGUCACAGUUCUUGUUCGAUGUCGACAUGCAUCCAGAUUCAAAGCUGCCCAGAGGAGCAAGCAAGGUGCUGAGUGGAUGUCUCCCAAUCAGGAGAACAAGCAAAACAAGAAAAAGAAAAGGAAGAAAAGGAAAUCUCCAAAGAGCUCUCUUUUGAACUUUGUGACAAUUGAAGAGUCCAAACCUGAUGAUGCAGUUCAUGAACCUAUCAACGGGACAAUAAGCCUUCCAGCAGAGCUGGAGGAGCAAAGUAUAGGAAGAUUUGAUUGGGGCACAGCACCACCAACAACCUUUAAGCCUAACAGUCCUGAUCUUGCCAAGCAUUACAAAUCUGCCUCUCCGCAGUCUGCUUUUCAUCUCAAACCUGACACUCCAGUUUCAGUGAAAAAGCACCAUGUGAUUCAGGAACUCCCGUUGGACAACACCUUUGUUGGUGGUUGUGACACCCUUUCCAAACGCUCUUCCACUAGUUCAGAUCACUUCAGUGCCUCAGAGUGCAGUUCCCAAGGAGGCUUCAAGACAAAGGGCCCCUUACACACCAGACAGGCACUGAAUUUUGGAGAUAUGCCGAAGUACUUGUGGGAGAUUUGGGUACCUGACAAACCAUGGGUGUCCCAGCGCCGUGUUACAUUUCACCUCCCUGAUGGCUCCCAGGAAAGCUGCAGUGACAGUGGUCUGGGAGACCACGAGCCAGUGGGUGGUGGAACCCUGAUCUCACACCCUCUCCCUCUGGUUCAGCCGCAGGAUGAAUUCUACGACCAGGCUUCACCAGACAAGAGGACUGAAGCUGAUGGCAAUUCUGACCCCAACUCGGAUGGGCCUCUUGGGCCACGAGGAUUAGCUGAAGCUACAGAGAUGUGUACUCAAGAAUGCCUGGUUUUGGGUCACUCAGACAACUGUUGGAUGCCUCCUAGCUUGGGCCCAUACCAACAGCCAAAGUCUCCUCUCUCCACCUUUGCACCUCAGAAAGAAUGGGUUAAGAAGGACAAACUAGUUAAUGGACACACAUUGACCAGGACCUGGAAAGAAGAUAGCAACAGAAAUCAGUUCAGUGACCGAAAGCAGUAUGGUUCCAGUGAGGGCCAUUUCAACACUGGCAACCACAUGACUGACAUUCCUCUGGCCAACUUGAAGUCUUAUAAACAGGCCUCAGGAGCUGUGGAGAGUCCAAAGGAACACCAGCUAUAAGAAAUGAUUACUUUGGACCCAUGACUUUAGCCUACUUAGACUUGCUAAUACUAUGUGUGUGUCAGAGCUUUAUGUACUGGAUAGACCUCUAGAACUAUGCUUCACCUAGCAGAGAUAUGCAUAUCUUUAUGUUAGCGUCGUGGAAGGUAUGAUGUCCUGCAACAUGAAAGAGUGUUUCUACUAGUUGUGUGGUUUUGUUAAAUAGACAUGAUUAAAAUCUGCAGAGAUCUCUCCAGUUUGCAAAUAUUCUUUUUUUGUUUUUUUGGUUUUGACCCUGGACUGCUGCUAUGAACAACAGAAGAUGUAUUUGGAGAGUGAGAGAGCAUGAAAGUUCAAUGGAUUGCAAAGAUUGAAAAGCAUAUCCGGUUAGAAAAUUGUACUUUUGUUGUCAUUGAUCUAUGCUGGGACCUUUAUACUUGAGAUCAUAUUGCAAACAAUUGAAGCUAAACAUUAAACCUAUUGUGCUAUUAACAAUGUUAGUGGACACUUAUAAGUCAAUCAGCGUUCAAAUACUUGUAAAUAGAAACAAUUAUUACUUACAACUUUUGUGUACUUAUAAUGUUCACUUGAAAAGAUACUGUAGCAUAUUUCUGUGUUUCACAGUUGCUUUUUAAUUUCUUUCAUUGCCUUCCUAUUGUUUUGCUUUUAUUUUCAGUGAUGGUGUUUCUGUGUUAGUAGUCUGUCUGACACACAAUGUUCCAAGGAACUCAAACCACUUGUGUUAAAAGUGAUGGGGUGGGAAGAAAGGUUGGUUGCAGAAAGGGAAAAAGAAAAAUUUCUUUCUAUGUAGUAGCAAAUCAUGCCAGCAUUCAGGUAGAAUUUCUUCUUUUAUUUUAAUUUAAUUUUAUUUUAUUUUAUUUUAUUUUAUGUUAAGAAGUGAAAGAACUUAUGUAAGGGCUUAAAAACUUAACGUUUUUUUGUUUCAUUUCCAUUAUGUUUCAUAAAACAGGGAAAUUGCAAAACAAAAGAAUAUUUAAAUGUGUGGUGGCAGGUGAGGGGGAAAGCUAUUCAUUUGGGAUCCUAGAUCAAAUUAGCUGUAGUCUGUCAUUUAAUGAGUGGUAGCUGAUGUUGAUCCCAACUGAAAUACAUGAAGGAAAUUCUACAGGAGCAAAAUACAGUAAUAAUGUUUUUCCAAUUGGGCAGGUGUGUGUCUAUACCUAAGACAGUAUGUAUUGCUGAAACAGCAGCAUUUGUGUUGAUCUUCAUCUGCGUUAAUGUUGUAGUAACACAAGUGUUUUUAGACCAUAGCCACAGAAUAUUUAAUGUGUUGUGCCUUCAUGAUGUAACAGAGCAUUCUCCUGGUAGGCUAGUUGGGGGAAACUAAAGGGUUAAAUCUCUAAUUAUUGCUGUUUAACUGUUUGUUAUCAUAGUUGGUCAAUGCCUGGCAGGUACCAGUAUCACAUCACCUCAGUCAAACCCGUAGAGUGACUCCUAAUGUUAGUGAGAUCUAAGUUGCACGCAAAGCAAAUCCAAAUCCAAACAUUUUUAGAUGGGUUUUUUUAAGGCAUGAAAGAUGAUUUACACAAAUAAAUAGCAUGCAAAACAAAAAAAGUCCAUACAGAAAAAAAUCAAAAGUUAUUUAUGCCACAGUGAAACAUCAGUCUUAAAGUAACAAAUUUAGCUAAUCUGAAGGUGAUUUUAUUCUUACUGAAAACACAAGCUUUUCUUUUCUUUCUUUAUUCUUUUGUAUAUAGCAGUUCACUUUUUUUCCCUCCACAGUAUAAAAGGCUUAAAAUGGGCUAGGGGUGCAUUGCUUAUGGCAGUACUUAUGUCAGUUUGUGAGGGGUGUUUGAUGACUUUGACAGAAUAAAUAUCUAACCAGUUAUCCUUGUUACUGCUUUGCCAGUUCAACAUUAUUUAGUUAUUCAGCUUUUGCAAUAAAUGUUCUGAAUUCCUGAUUGUGUUGUGUUAGUUCUUGGGCAGAUGCCUUAGGGACUUUAUUCCCAUUAAUUUCUCUUCCUUUCUGUUAUUGUUGGUUGGUUUGUUUCUUUGCUUUGUUCUGAAUUUCCAGUUAUUUUUCUAAGCAUGUCAUGGUCCAUUUGGUUCAUAUAGAUAUGUAUAAGACUGGAAUAUGCAACAAAUGAUAAAUCCUGAGGGCUGUAUUCUGUCAUUCCUAUGCAAGUAGGAACUUAUUGAAAAUGAGUUAUUUGAAUCGGAUAAAGUGUUACUUAGCGCAAAAGUGACAGGAUCUAGCCCAGAUUUGUCAGACAUAUGUAGGCACAUAUAAUAAGCAUCCUUGCAUGAGUCUUUGUACAAGUAUGGGGGUAGCAUAUAGGAAAGUCAGCACACCUUAGUCCUUUUUUUGAGAGUAGAAUAAAGUCAUAUCAAAAUACAGUAAAUUCUUUCCCGUAAGGAAAAUUUGUUUGGUUAUAUAACCAUUUUUGUUGCAGCACAGUUUAAAAAAAAAAAAAAAAAAAAAAAAGAGAAAAAGAAAAAAACCUGAACAACCUUGAAAAAGAUGUAUCAACAGAAGUAAGCUAUUUUUGAACAUGCUGGGUUUUAAAGAUGAGAUGCACUGAGUUCUGUAUUAAAACCAGAAAUACAACAAGUAUUUGAACACCCAAAAACACCAACUAGUUUAAAUUAGGAGUGUCUUUUUAAACAGAUUGUAUUUGAAAACAUUUCUAUCACAGACAGAAAUUAAAAGAUGUGACUUGGUACAGAAAGUGAACCAUAUUCAGUUCCAACCUUCAGUACUUUGUGCUAUUAUCAGCCUGUGCAGGAGGAGCUAAAAAAACCAUGGCUUAAAUUGUUAGCAGGUGGAAAUUUUCUCAUCUCAUUUUCUUAAGUUCUGUAUAAUUUUAGAAUCUUAAAACCUUACUCAGCUUUGAAAUAGUUAUUAAAAAAAAAAAAAGACAGGAGAAAAACAAGGAGAAAGAGGGAGAGAGAGAAAAAGAGAGAGGGAAGGAGGGAGGGAGGGAGAGAGGGAGGGAAAGAAAGAAGGAAAGAAGAAAGGAAGGAAGGAAAUAUAUAUAUAUGCAGCACUGAGAACUGUAUCUUAAUCCCAUUUAAGCUGAAUUAAUGUUUUCCAGAUGUUUCUAUAGAAUCUGGAUUUGGCCCUGAACAUAUAUUUAGUAAGUGCCCAUUUAUUCACGACCAUUUGGUUUGCUUAAUCGAUAGUACUAGCAUGGCUGUCAAAAAUUCAGAAAUAAAGAGAAAAAAAAGAAAAAAAAAAGAAAUUCUGUCAUAUCUCAGAUGAGGUGUUUUAAAAAAAAAAUUCCACUGCACAGAAUGAGACAGCAGCUGAGUAUUGGUGACUAUUCAGUUUUCCAUCUUUGGGGCUAAACAUUACUUAAAAUUAUCCAUAACCUGUCAUGAUACAGAUGCUUCUCUGAUGCCAGUUCUAGCUUUUUUUUCUUCAGACUGAGUGUCCAUUUUUUUAUUUAUUUCAUAAUUUAUUUUAUAAUACACACACUUACAAGGACUGCUAAAAAGAUUUGCCAAAGAUUUUUUUCAUAGUCCUUUAGUUUUACUGUCACUGACCAAAGCCCCUCGUCCAAACAGAAAAUGGAAAGCAUGUGUAGACGUAGUUAUUUAGUCCUACUUAAUCCCAUGCUGUGCCAAUUCUUGCUAAAGUAGAGCAGUCAGGACCAUGUAAAAAAACCAAGAAAGUUCAGGCUUGAAGUGUGAAACAUUUUCUAGUGGUUUAAGCAAUGUUGUGCUAGAACAGAUUGCCUAGAGAUGGUUUUGGAAUUUUGAAGAAGAGAAAGGAAAAACACCUAACAGGAAUAACUGCUCUUUGUCAGAGAGAGCAGAUGUACUAAAUGCCUUCUUGAGAUCCUUUACAGACAAUGUGACUUGAAGAGAAAGUAUGAUGAUGAGGUGAUUGAACUUCACAGUACAAUGAAGUGAUAUGAAAGACAGGUAAUGUACUGUAUUUCCUCACAGAAAUAGGUACAAAAAUUGCUUACUCAGUGCCAGUAGUUGGACUUCACCUGGAACUCUAUGAAAGACUGUGGGAAGGCUGACAAAGAAAUAUAUGGAGCAGAAUUAGGAGUAAGCAGAAAUAUACAUCAAUUUUAACAAAUAGAUAUGAAGAAUUCAUAUUACCUGCUUAAUGUGAUUAUUAACUUUUAGCAAGUUAUUCUUAGUAAUCAUGAUCAGAAGGAAUCUUAAGGACUUUAGCAUGGAGUAGACUAAACUAAGGGAGAAACUUAGAAAGCUUUGGAUGCAUAAAUUGCAUAAAUACAGGAGAUGUAUAUUGAUGUGAGAGUAAAGAGCAGGAGUGAUAAAGACUGGAGCUGAUUUGAGAAAAAGAAAUAAGGAAAAGGAGAUCAUAACAUUGAUCAGAAGUUUAAUUUUAGGACGUUUUGAGCAAUGGGAAGCACUAGUUGCUUUAAUGAAACAGAAGACACAGUGAGAAUCAUUGAACAUGUUAAUAGGCAAUGCCAGGGGAUCCACAGGCCACAGAACUCAUGACGUGCCAGAAGACACAGGGGUAGCGUCUAAUAGCCUUAGACAGAAGUAUCUGAUACCUCAAAAUAUGUUACAAAAGUAUUCCUACUAGCAUGAGAGCACAACAGUAGUGUCAUAUCCAAUUCAGACAGAAGUAUAAAUUUUGAUUUCCCAUGACCACAAACUAUUUACCUGAUUCAGAUUAUAAACUUGCUUAUGGCAUGUAUCCUUCCAUUAGAAUGAGAAAAUAAGAAGUGAGAAUUCUCUAGCAUGUGUGCUCACAUGAGCCAGUUCAGACUGUGAAAGCAACCGAGUACUUAUAGAUCAAUUCUUUCUUGUUUAAUAUACUUUUUCUGUGGAACUGUGUUCCAAAGUCUUGACUUUAAUUAAUUUAUAUGCUUGUAAUCAUUGCUGCUGUGCUGAAAAACUUAAAAAUGGAAACCAGUUCUAGAACACAGAAAGGCAUUUUAAUAUACAGAAAACAUGAUACAACAUCACCCAGAGGUGUGAUUCAGCUCAGUAUAUCAUGGACAGUUGAGCUCUAACUCAAUUAACAUUAGUUUUAUUAACUUGCACUGCUCACCACCUUAGUGGAUGUAUCCAUCAAGUAUAAUUAGCCCAUAAUCUAAAACCACCUCUUACUUUUCCUCUUUUUCCAAAAAAACCCUCUGAUUGGUAGAUGCUUCCUUGUAAAAUUAUGAGAUAUUCUUUUUGCACAUUAUUUGAGUGGAUUGAUUUUUUUUUUCAAUUUGACUUCUCUGAAAUAUAAUACCUUAUUUAACACAGUUCCUUAUAUUAUAAAAUGCUUUUUUUGUGAGACACCAUUCUAUACUUUAUUUUCAAUCAGUUGAGCUGAAAUUAAGAUCAUAACAUACAGGGCCAGAUUCUGAUCCUUCAGGCUUUAUUGAACCUCUUGCAAAGCUUCUUACAAAGUAAAAUAUCAGGACCUGUCCAAUAAUUAGUAACAGACAUAACAAGUCCUUUAAUAUGCAGUGGACUGGCAAAUGCUUGAGAAUAAGCAAAUUUGCAAUUUUCAGGUUUUUAAAACACAGUGUAGUUUUCUUAUAAACUGAAAUACAUACCAAUAUACGAAGAAUUGCAAGCUUUUUUUUUUUUUUUAAUUGAUACAGACACAUCACUUUACUGGGCAGUAAUAGAAUUUAUGUGCUGAUAUGUAUCCUUAUCCUGCAAAUAAUCUGCAGCUCUUGAGACACUGAGUGCACUUAACUUCUUUAGAACACAGGAGUAAACAAUCUCUUGUAGGAGAAGCUCAAUAUUUCACAUAACUGGGUUUGCAAUGAGAAGAAUAUCACAGACAAGCAUGCCAUUUGCUAAGUUUUGAAGCAAGAAAGCCUUCUUAACUGCAGCAUCUCAUGGUUCUAAUUGCAGCUUUAAGUUUAUGCAGCUACCUAAUUGUACAAUAGCAAACACAAGGAUGUCUUUAGCUAUCAGAAGGGAUCUCAAAUUCUCAUUGUAUAUUAUGAAAAGAAAGAACUUAAAGAAAGUAAUAUCACUCAUUUUCAAAAAUAAGUUGUUUGUUGUUUUUUUUUUUUACCACAGCCAUUCUUAAAUCCGCCUGUUGUGCCUAGGUAUUGCAACACAUUCUAAUAUUGCAUGGCAUGUAAAUAGAUACCUUAAUUACUCAUAAUGAUAUGAUUAUAUACACACAUAUAUUAUAUAUAUAUUAUAUAUAUACAUAAAUAUUAUCAGUCACAUAAUUACUCAGUAUUAUUUAAUGGAAUUUUGGGACUAUGGAUUUUGUUGUUUGAUGUACUUUAAACUGUAUGAAGCAGCAUAUUAUUAAGACUAUCCUCACCAAUGCUUUUUGAUUAUUUAUUCAUUAAAUAAAAUGCUUUCUUUUGCUUGUUAUAAUCCUGUUUGUACAACCAUGUGAUAAUGUUAAAAUGGGUAAGUACUGUACGGGAAUUAUAACUGUUUCUUUUCUUGUCUAAAUAUAUACCUAUAACAAUA